AUGGGUAUUCUAAUUCAGCUGUAUUUGGGGAGGUACUGUGAUCUUGUGGGGAAAGCUCAUACACAAGCAGAUAAUUCUAUUGAUCUGAGCACACAUUCGGGGAAUGCGAUAGGGGGCAUUUUGAUACUUCUAAUCAGACCUUGCAUUUUCCCAGUUUGCACACCAUUGCAUGCUCAAGAUAUUCUGACAGCUGGGAAUAGUCAAGCAAAAUUUAUUGCUUUGUUGAUCCUCAUUCCUUGGGUCUUAGACUUUUUGGUUCAUGAUUACCUUCUCAUGCCAUUUCUAGACAGAUAUGUGAAGACUGUACCUCUUGCUGCUGAGCUGCUCGAUGUAAGAAGACAUCAAAAACUAGAGAUGUUAAAAACUUUGAGAAUUGAGAGAGGAAGGUUUCAGUUAGAAGUUGAGAUCGGUAAAUCUCCUCCUCUUUCUGAAGAAGAGGUCUGGUUAGAAUUGCGGCAGAAAGCCAUAGAAUUAAGAGACGAGUGGAGAUUAGAGAAUCGACGAGCAUUUGCAAAUAUCUGGUCAGAUAUGGUGUAUGGGAUUUCAUUAUUCAUUCUUAUUUAUUUGAAUAAAAGCAAAGUUGCUUUGUUGAAGUUUACGGGAUACAAGCUAUUAAAUAACAUUUCAGACACUGGAAAGGCAUUUCUGAUCAUUCUUAUUACGGACAUUUUUUUGGGAUACCAUUCUGAGUCUGGAUGGCAGGCUUUGGUAGAAAUAAUUCUUGACCAUUACGGUCUUCAAGUUGAUCCGGCAGCAAUAACCAUUUUCAUUUGCUUUGUUCCAGUAGUAAUUGAUGCCUGUGUGAAGCUAUGGCUUUUUAAAUUUCUCCCAAGGUUAUCACCAAAUGUGGCAAAUAUCUUCCAGGAAAUAAAGCGUCACUAGCGUAGUCUCCUGGAAACUGGUCGUGUUUCUCUCUGGUACAGAACAUGUGAUGAUUUUAAACAAGCUUCUUCCGUCCUGUCCUUCGGUGAGGAGACAUAACAAACAAUUUGAUGGCCACUCUUAUAAACGGGUGCCUCGAGUUGUUCUGUGAGAAUGUUCAAGCGGAUUUCAUGUGUAUUUGAUCUGGAUGCUGACUACAAAACAAGAAGAAGAAGAAGAAGAAGAAGAAAGAUUGUGAAAAGGGGGGCACAUUAAAGAGAACUGUGUCAUACUUACUUGCUCCACAAAAGAAUGGAGCCUUGUGACCGUGGAAUUGUGUAUGGCGGCUCUACAGGAGGGUUUUUCUGUAGCUUUGUCUGUUGUGCGGCCGUGAGUCCUCGCAACUUGUUUAACAGGGUCGUAGUUAUUCAUACAGCAGCCUCUCCGCGUAAUGUACUAGAUAUGUAGUAAUGUCUAGGAUCAACAAGAGAGCAAGGAAUCUUGAAGUUUUAGAAUGUCUAGAUAUAAAUCUAGUUUUAAAAUGUCCAGAUAUAAAUCUAGUUUAUCUAUUUAUUUUAAUUUUAUUUAUUUGAAAAUAACUACCAUGUGGAGCAGCAUUAUUCAUGAAAUCAAAGAGGAACAAAGGGCGAUAAGAGUAUUCAGUA